AUAUAGUCUUUGUAUAUAUAUUGAUUGAUAAUUUAAUUUAAUACAACUACCAGCUACCACCUUGGCACCCGUGUCAUUGAUUCAAAGAGGAAGAAGAAAAGAAGAAGAAGAGAAAGAUGAACGUGGAUCUGGAAUCCUUGGCAGAAGCCACUUCUGGAGCCAUAGGAUCAUUGCUUAGCACAACAAUUCUCUACCCACUUGAUACCUGCAAAACUAAGUAUCAAGCUGAGGCACGUUCUCAUGGUAACAGAAAGUACAAGAAUCUCUCUGAUGUGUUAUGGGAGGCGAUAUCUAACCGUCAGAUUCUUUCGCUUUACCAGGGCCUUGGAACAAAAAAUCUUCAAUCCUUUUUUUCACAGUUUGUCUACUUCUAUGGUUAUAGUUACUUUAAAAGACUGUAUCUUGAAAAAAGUGGAUAUAAAUCCAUUGGAACAAGAGCAAACUUGUUAAUUGCUGCUGCUGCUGGGGCUGUCACAGCCAUUACAACUCAGCCCCUGGAUACAGCCUCUUCAAGGAUGCAGACAAGUGCUUUUGGAAAAUCUAAAGGGCUACUGAAAACCCUUACGGAAGGCACAUGGAGUGAUGCAUUUGAUGGCCUUAGCAUUUCCUUGAUGCUCACCACAAACCCUGCAAUUCAGUAUACAGUGUUUGAUCAGCUGAAAAACCGAGUACUGACAAAUAACCAAAACAUAUCCGAGAAAGGAGUAUCUCCAACAUCACUGUCUGCAUUUAUGGCCUUCCUUUUAGGUGCAAUUUCGAAGAGUAUUGCUACCUGUCUAACGUAUCCUGCUAUCAGGUGCAAAGUAAUCAUUCAAGCUGCAGACGCGGAUGAAGAAUCUUCUAAAAAACUGAUAAAAUCACCGAAAACCGUGUCCAGCGUUCUCUAUGGAAUAUGGAAAAAGGAGGGAGUUUUGGGCUAUUUUAAAGGAUUACAUGCUCAGAUAUUGAAAACUGUUUUGAGCUCGGCAUUGCUCUUGAUGAUCAAGGAGAAGAUCUCUGCUACUACUUGGGUCCUUAUACUUGCAAUUAAAAGGUAUCUCUUACUCCCAAAGAGUAGUAGGGUUAAGAACUUGUAAGUUUUGAUAUAGUUGUUAUUGGAAGAAGACGCUUAUGUGCAUUUCGGAUAAUGGAUUUGGUUGGAAUGAAAUAAGUGCAUUUUGACGGACACAUCCAUAUCUUCCGAGCUGAGACAAGGUUCUUUUUCUGGCUUCUCUUUGGUCCUAUGUACUUAUUGAUGUAGAACAACCGGCCCAAGAAUUUACGCAAAUGCACGAUAGACCAUUCGACAGGUUGAAAGUCUUGAGAAUAAAUGCAAUUGAAUUGUUAUAUAGUUGGUUUUUUGAUAUGUUGUGGAAGUCCUACAUCAGAAGGAUAUAGUUAAGACUUAAGAGUGGCUUUGGUGCUUCAUAAAUAAAAUAAGCACCCUCUUUUAUGUAGUAACUUCAGUUUCAAGUUAAUAAAUUCUUUUGUUAUUUUAUAUAA